GGUAGAAGUGAGCACGGUGGGCGUGUGUGUGUCCGGGCAGAGUCUGGUAGAAGUUGUGUGAUAGUUUCCGGUGAGAAGUCUGAGGAGAACGACGGUACCGGGAAGAGACGGGGCCUGUAUCUAAUUACGGUGGUAGCAUUUGAAGAAAGAAUCUUCCAUUCACCAUGGAUGACAUGUCAGUAGAAGACAUUCAGCUUCGAGCCAAUCAGGUUACAGAUGAGUCUCUGGAGAGCACACGGCGGAUACUGAAUCUGGCAGUGGAGAGUCAAGAUGCUGGGGUAAAGACGAUAACGAUGUUGGAUGAGCAAGGAGAACAACUGAAGAGGGUCGAGGAAGGACUGGACCAGAUCAACAAGGAUAUGCGAGAGGCAGAUAAGAACCUUACAGAACUCAACAAAUGCUGUGGCCUCUGUGUUUGUCCUGGGAGUGGGUCAAAGAAUUUUGAUGCUGGAGAGAUAUACAGGAAGGCGUGGGGGAACAAAGAUGAUGACGACGUUGUCUCCAAGCAACCACGACAGGCCAACAAUGGACAGCAGCAGAGCGCAUCAGGGCAGGGUGGUCCAUACGUAAAGAGGAUAACAAAUGAUGCCCGAGAAGAUGAGAUGGAUGAAAAUCUACAGCAGGUCGGGAGCAUCUUGGGAAAUCUCAAGUCUAUGGCUUUAGAUAUGGGUAAUGAGCUUGAUUCCCAGAACAAACAAAUUGACCGGAUUAAUGACAAGGCAAUUUCUAAUAAAGACCACAUUGAUGAAGCCAACAAGAAAGCUAAGAAACUUAUUGAAUAAAGAAAGCGACAGGAAGUCUUCCCCUCUGGGACCCGGCGAAUGUAAACUGUAAUGUACUUCAGUAAAGGGUUUUAUAGGAGAAAUGGGCAUGAGAAUCAAUCCUGAUGCUGUGUCCUGUUUAUUGUAUCCUCACCAAGGGUCCUGUCACCUCUUAAGCCAUCAUGGAGAAAAGUAGAUAUUUUCCCAUUUUUGCAAGCAAUAAAUGCUGUUCAACAGUCCUUUGUUCUCACACAAAUGACAACUUUCCUAAUGUAAAUACCCAUGUCUUCCCUUUUUAAUUUAGCUGCUCUAGGUUUUAUCUAGGCUGUACGAAGGAUCCUGAUUCAGUGUUCAUGCACAUUGCAGUGCAUAUACAUUUCGUUCCCUGAUGAUGACUAUUGUUUUGGAUAGAAGGUUUUAGGGGAGGCAUCCACUUGGGAAUCAAUCCUGAUGCUGUGUCCUGUUUGUUAUAUCCUCAUGAGGGGACCUGUCUUAAGUUAUCAUAGAACAAAGUAUGUGCUGUUGUUUUAUCAUUUUUGCAAGCAUUGGACACUGUUCAACUGUUUUUUGUUUUUAAAACCUACUUUACAACUUUCAACCGUUAAAUACCUGUGACUUCUCUUUUAACUUGUCUCUUAUCUAGGCUGUAAAGAGGAUCCCGAAUCUGUUUUCAUGCACUUAUCAGUGCGUAUAUUUUUCUCAACAGCUUGGUCCUUGGAAAUGCCUAUUCUGGGAUAUUAAUGAUAAGUCAGGGGUUGACCAAAAUCCUUAAAGGAGGAUGUGGUGGGCUUAUUAGUCAUGUGCAAUUAUACAGAAGUUUGUUCGAUAUGCCAUUA